AGCUCUCUAAGCACUCGAAUAUUGGCGCGCUCUCUCAUUUCAACCGACAAUUCAGCUCAGCGACAACUAACUCAACGGCGAAUUCGCCGCAAACUCGCACAACAAUUUCGGGAUAGACCUGCACAUGCACAGUGCUAACAACAACAAAAACAUACAAGGAGUGAAAGCGCUUUUCCCGGAGCAGAUUGCGAACUAACAGCAAUGCGCUGUGGCAUUCAACCAAUGCGUGUGUGGGAGAGUGCGUGCUGAUAACUGUAUAUAACGGUAUAUAUGUGUUUGUGUGUGUGCGGCGCGUACUCAAGUCACACACUUUCGAGGCAUCGCAUGCAUCAAGUGAAAAACAGUUUUCCCGGGAACGCGUAGCGUGUUGAACGUACAAGUUCGAAAGCAGCAGCGCAAAUUAAGAGAAAAAUUAAAAAAAAAAAAUCAAAAAUAAAUACAAAAGGCAAACAGUGAAAGUGUCUGGCAAAAUAAAUGAGCAGCUUAACAAUUUAACGGAAAUUGUGUGCGGAAUUGAAAAUAAAAGUUUACCGUUAACUUGUGAAUUGAGGAUUUCAAUUUCAGUGUGGCGGAGAUCAACGGUAAUAAUUGCGUGGAAAUCUAAAAACAGCAAAAACACCAAAAAUUGACAACACAACAGGCUUAUUUAAAUAGAAAUAAGCUUGUUUACAAAUAUAACGGUAAACAUUGUCAAUAUAUGUGUGUCACAAAAAUUUGAACUAACGGCGCUUUUUGAUUUCAAAGGUUGUUUUAUGGAAAAUUCGCGAAUUGCAAAUCUUCAAUAGCAACAACUGUGUUUGUUGUCUACGAAAGCAACAAGCAAGGUUUCGCAUAUCAGCCACACAGUUGCCGGGUCGCCAUUGAGGAAGGAAGUGCUGCAACAUUUUUGCGCGCGGAAAUUGCCUAAAUACUUUUGCACCAAUUAGAGCACCAUCAAAGCGCAUAAAACCAUUUGCAUAUUUGGCUGCGGCGAAACGUUAACGUGGAUUAAAAAAUACAACAAAAACAACAACUAAACACAUUUGGCAACUGCUACGGCUGGGGAAGACAACAUUUUGGCAGUAAAUAUUUGUGAACGAAAGACAAAUGACAGCAGCUAGCAGCUAAAAGCAACCACUCGUACUUGGCAUUUAGUCAGUCAGUCGAUCUGAGGGGAGAAGAAUAAAAUAGAGAAGAAGAGAUAGAAGGGAGAAAGGGAGCAAACAUCCCAAAAAACGCUACAAGUCAAUAUUUUAGAGGACAAAAAAGUCGACUGUUAAGAAAACAGGAGGAAAUAAAAAAAACUCAGCUUGACGAACUUUAAACUCACACACACGCGCACAAACUUGGGCAAAAACAAAGUACCGUUGAAUACAAAUAUUAGUGCUAUAAAACAUUGUGUGCACGCCUCACAGCUUUCGCAGUCAAUAUAAGUGAGUGUGUGUGUGGUGUGUGUGUGUGUGCGCUGAAGCGCUAGUCCCCCGGCAGCAGAGCAGCUCUUAAGGCGAAUCAGCAGAACACUUUGUCAUUGUUGUAAAUUAUCCAGCAGAUAUUUAAUACACACAAGAUGUUGCAAAAUGCGCCUUAAAGCGUGCUAAAGAAACAGCAAAAAGCCGCAGUGACACUGCGACAAUUGAACCAGAGCAGGCUUGAUUACUAAAACAACAACUAUAAAGCGGUAGCUGCAUGAUUUAUAGCAUCACGACGCGAAAUACGAGCACGACAGCACAUAAAAUACAUUUGUUGCAGCCACAAAAAACAGCAACAGAAACAACAAUAUUUGUGAAACGUUGAGCUCUAGCGAAAAAUCACCCGAAGUCAUAAAGCGCACAAGCAGCGCCGCGCUGAGCCGAAUUACGCACAACUGAGCGGGUACCUCGACAGCAAAGCAAGAAAAGCGACAAAGUAAAGCUGAUAAGUUAAGCGUGUAAAUUAUAGUUGGAUAGAUACACGCAACAUUUUGGUGCUGCAGCAAUUGUGACACAAUUUAAGUUGCAAGUGACACACGACUUGCUUGCGAGCGCACUCACCUGUAGUGCAACAAUAUACUUAAGAGCCGCUGCGUGCGCGCUGUAAACACCCGUCGGCUUUUGGAAUUUGGAAUUUACACACGUACUCAAGCGCCAGUUUUUCUCGCACAGCGAUCUACGCUUACGACGCCAAAAUGCGCGGUCGCCACCUACGCAGACGUUUCAGCUUGCAGCCGUCCUUUAUGAAGGACGACAGCUCGGAGGAUAAACCGAAACGCGACAAAGUUGGACGCAACAAUGCCGUGGAUGACGCUAUUGGACCCGCUAACGCACGUCACAAAAUCGUUGUUAUGGGUUCGGCCAAAGUGGGCAAAACUUCCAUAAUCACACAAUUUCUAUACAACACAUUCACCACGAAAUACAAAAGGACCAUCGAGGAAAUGCAUCAAGGCAACUUUUCAAUUGCUGGCGUUAGUCUGACGCUGGACAUUCUAGAUACGGCCGGCUCUUAUGAGUUUCCUGCAAUGCGCGCGCUCUCCAUCUCAUCGGCAGAUGCAUUCAUUCUGGUAUAUGAUGUCACCGAUGCGUCCACAUUCGAGGAGGUGCGCAUGAUACGCGAUCAAAUACACGAGACCAAAGCGACCACAGCUGUGCCCAUUGUGGUGGUGGGCAAUAAAAUUGACCUAGUUGCCGAGAAGGAGGACGCCAGGAAGGUUGAAUAUGCCACCACAGAAUCGGUGGUCACUCUAGACUGGGAGAAUGGUUUUGUUGAAGCGUCUGCAGCGAAAAAUGAAAACAUCACACAGGUCUUCAAAGAGCUGCUCUCACAAGCGAAAAUCACGUACAAUCUGAGUCCAGCACUGCGGCGCCGACGACAAUCGUUGCCACAGCAAGUUGGCAAUAACGGUGCGAGCACGCCCACCCAUCACCAUCAUCCAUCACAUGCAGCCAACACCUCGGCAGCGGGCAGUGCACACGGCUCCACAUUGCCGUCGCAUGCGCCAACAGCCGCGCAAAUACAACAUUUGCAGAGGAUACAGGAGCGAAGCUUGGGCAGCAAACGGAAUUCGUGCACAAUAUCCUAAAGUCAAUAUGCAGCAGCGAUGGUAGUGGCAGUGGCAGUGGCGAAAUACAUAAAAAAUGCACAUUUAUCUGCAAAUGCAGGCAUACAUACACACGCACAAACAAGCAAAUGAAGGCUCGUCCAUACACCAGGCGACAAGUGAAGGUUUACAGUCACAAGUAAAUGUUAAUUAGACAGAACUUUUAUUCACGUAUUUUGUUUUACUAUUGUAGCAUAUUUUUAUUUGAUUCAAAAAUUAAUUUCAACUUUAUUAUUUAAUACUUUUAAUUUUUAAUAUUUUUAUUUUAUAUAAUUUUCGACUUAUCUAACGCUUUUGGUAUUUCAACCCACUAAACACCACUUACUAAUAUGAAGUUUACCAAAAUGUUUCCUUUAGCUCGCCUUCGACACUACUUUUUAUUUUUAAUCAAGAUAUCACACGGUAUUGUAUUGAAAUUUAAACCCCGAUUGUAGUUAUAAUUUUGUCCGCAUUGUUUUCUCAUUUGAUCAAAAACAUGUGCUCGGUAAUUCCAACAAUUCAUUCACAUAUUUGGAGAUGUUAUGAACACUUUUAAUCCUUAAAACAAACUGGUUCGCUUGUCUACUUUUUGUAUUCUUUCUACUCAUUAUCUAUACCUCUACUCUACUCUUUAUCAGUAUUGAGUCAAUCUCAUUUUGGUCUUUCCAAUGCAGAUGAGGUCUUCUGAACUCAAUUAUUUUACAAAACAACAAGUGAGGUGAUGGUUAUCACUGUAAAAGAUGUUUCCAAGAAAAUUGAAAUCGCGGAAAAAUGAUAAAAUACAAUUUUCAAAUGAUGUUAUUUACAGCUAUUAAACAAACUACCGCGUUUGAUGACGCUCCAAUUUUUACACUUACUUUGGAAAGACUUUUAAUUUUACCUACAGAACCUACCAAACAAUAGGCAUUGUUAGAAUUUUCCAAUUUGAUCACAUAGAUAGGAAAGGUAAUAGAAUAAGAAACUUUCCACCAAACUCCCGGAGCUUCUGGCAAGCUACUCCCCUAUUGGCCAUAGCUGGCCGCUUCUAGGCAAGUGCUUCUCACAGGCGUCCUACUUGUUGACAAUACAGGUCCGAAUUAAGAGUUUGGCCAUAGGGGAGCAGCUCAUAGUAGGUUAUUCCCUGCCAGUCUCACCAAACACAUAACAAAACCUUCCUUAACGUCAAUAUUGACUUUGCCACCGGUUCACCGCGAUCGUUUUCAGUUGAUCAAUGUUCAAACCCUGUCGAAAACAGUGCUUAAAUGAUGGUCGCACUCAACGACUUUCAUUAAUUUAUCGAUAUUUUCGACAAUUGACUUACCCUAGCGUGGUGCAUCCGAGACACCAAAAUUACCGGAAUUUCCAUUGUCAGCCGCUGGUGUUUUUCUUUGACACGUGCUCAAGCUUUAGUAAAUCGUAUAAAAUGUAUACUUUAUAAUAAUUUUUAAUGAAAACCCAACUGAAAACUUUCAUUUGUCGCUUAGUGUACCCACAGAGGUUUUGCAUAUGCGAGUGGACACACAAAAAACGAGUAGCAUAACUUCGUAAUGGACAUUGAUUACGGCAGCUGAAAGCAAAUGUUUGUAUGUAAUGUUAACUAUUGGAAUAUAACAAUGCAAAUAUACAGUUAUACUAACACUACAUGUGUAUGUGUGCAUUUAAGCGCGUCAAUGAACAAUGUUAUAAGAAAUAUUAGAAUAAACAUAAUAUUUACAUUUAUGAACAUAUAUAUGUAGGCUACUGCAGAACUCACACACAUAACGAUAAAUAUACUUACAUAAUACCGAAUGAAAUAUGGAUGAAAUGAAUCUUCGAAGCGACAAAUCUUCAAACUUCUUCCGUUCGAAACAAAAAGUGAUUUUGCAAUGAAUUACCUGAUUUCACACAAACUAAAAAUAAUUUACUUCAACGGAUGAGAGACAAGAAAACGCAAAUGCAUAUAAACAUACUUAUACUCGUAUACAAAUAAAGUAAUUGAAAUUUAUGCCUGCAACUAUCGGAAUACUUUAACUGUGUAACUAUUGCAAUGUAAACACAUACAAACAAACAUAUUUAUACAAUAAUACAAACAAAUAUUUACGUGCGUUUUAUAUACAGACGUGCGUAAUGACUGGUUUCCGCAUAUUUAUUAAUUACAAUAACAAAAAUGUAUGAAAAAUAAAUAAAUUUAAACAAAUAGCCGAAAUAUAUAUACAAAUAACUAAUGAUUAUAAAAAAAUCGCUUCUCAGUUUUAUGUAUUUGGAUUAAUGCGCCAAUAUUUCAACGAUUUAUAAACAUAACCUCAAAUUCCGCAAAUGUCAAAAACUUAAUUAGUAACUAUUACAAUUAUGUAUGCUAUGAAAACUAACUCUAUAAGCAGUCGGUAUAUCCAUAUAAAAAUAUAUAUAUAUUAAGGUAUUAAAAUUAUUAUAUUAAGAUAAUAAAUAAAAAAAAUAUAUAUUAAAAAAAGUUAUAAAAAAAAUACAAUAUUAAAAAAAAAAAAACAUUAUAAAAAUUAAAAAAAAGCAUAAACAAUUAAAUAAUUUCAUUAUUUAAAAUUAUUAAAAUACUUCAAAAAAUAAUAAUAAUAAAAUACUGUAACUUAUUUAAACAUAAAAAAAAAUUUAUAUAUAUAUAUCUUUAUAAAAACAUAAAAAAAUACUUUAAUAAAUAAUAAAGUACUUUGAAAAUAAAAAUUAUAA